AUGCGGUCAGAGGGCGCUGGAGAGAAGAGGAAGGAUCUUGGCGAGGCCUGGUCAGUGGAGCCACAGCCGCCCAGCGGCCCCAGGGCGGCGCCGGACCUGUUUGGAAAGCAGGCCUGGGUGGGUGUGACUGGUUGGGGAGAGGGCACGCUGGAGCGGGGGUCCCUAAAGUGUGCCCACCUUUUGUAUAAAAACGGGAACCCUGACACCGUGUCCACAGCAGGCGCCCCUGUGGAGGGGGCGGGCAGCCGGCACGGGCCGGCCAGGGCGGAGGCCGCCGGGCACCAGCGCCUGGGGCGCUGCUCACGCGCCCUGCGCCCCCGAAGCCGCGGCCCGGCGGGCUGGCUGUGGCGGUUCUGGCGCGAGCGGACGAGCCCCCGGACCCGCGCAGCGCGAGGCCGGCCCGGCCGGGGCAGGGGGUCGGCGCGGGGCCCGGGCGCGGGGGCAGCGGCCGGGCGGCCCGGACGAGGCGGCUUCGCGGCCGAAGGGCUGAUCUGCGGAGAGUGUCCAGGGAAGACGCCCGCGGAGGGGCCGGCGCAGGGCCACGUGCGCGGGGACAGCGCCCGGCACCGCCGCGGAGUUUCCGGCGGGGCACCUGGAGGAGUGCACAGCUGCCCGCACGUGUGUGACGGCCACUGGAGCUGUGGGGCUGGGACCCGGGCUGUCGCUCUCAGCCUGGCCGGGGCCUGCCGUACCACCUGCGGCCUGGGGAGUCUCACGGAGAAGGAAGAGGGCGGGGACCUGGCCCAGCCGGGCAUCAGCUUUCCGGGGCCGGCGGAGGAGGACCUAGACCCGCGUUAUUCAUGGUCCCCGACACGGCCCUACAGCGAGGACAGGUGCUCCCCAGCCCCCAGGAACAUGAGGGGUUUGUCUGGGAGCCGCAACCCCCCGCAGCUAUGUUCUGGGCACACGUGUGGCCUCACGCCCCCCGACGGCGGUGAGCUCGUGCCGGACCACCUGCACCAUGGGCCGGAACCCCGGCCGCCCUACCUGCUCAGCCCGGUGGAGAGCUGCCCACGGGAGCACCGCUGCUCACCCCGCAGCUCCGUGCACUCGGAGUGCGUGGUGAUGCCCAUGGCGCUGGGCGAGCACAUGUCCAGCAGCACCUUCCCACGCAUGCACUACAGCGCCCACCACGACCCCCGGGACGACGGCACCAUGGCACACGCCAGCGCCAAGGCCAACCGCAUCCCGGCCAACCUGCUGGACCAGUUUGAGAAGCAGCUGCCGCUGCACCGGGACGGCUUCCACACGCUGCAGUACCAGCGGGCCUCAGCCGCUGAGCCGCGCAGCGAGAGCCCCGGCCGCAUCCGGCACCUGGUGCACUCCGUGCAGAAGCUCUUCACCAAGUCCCACUCGCUGGAGGGCUCCUCCAAGAGCCACAUCAAUGGCACCAAGGGCGACAGCCGGCCGGACGACCCCCCACAUGGGCACCACGCCAAGCACGGCAAGCGGAGCAAGAGCAAGGAGCGCAGGCCCGAGAGCAAGCCCCGGGCAGGCCUGAGCAGCUGGUGGAGCUCCGAUGACAACCUGGACAGCGACAGCACCUACCGGGCCUCCAGCGUGAUCAGCCGCCACCCCCUGGACCCCCUGGCCCACUGCUACCCCGAGCCGCUCCCGGGCCCCUUCGGGGAGCUCUCGCUGAAGACUUCCAAAAGCAACAGCGACGUCAAGUGCUCGGCCUGCGAGGGCUUCGCCCUGACACCGGAUGCCAAGUACAUGAAGCGCAGCUCCUGGUCCACGCUGACGGUCAGCCAGGCCAAGGAGGCCUACCGCAAGAGCUCUCUGAACCUGGACAAGCCCCUGGCCCACCCCGACAUCAAGCCUUCCUUGAGGUCUUGCCAUUACCUCCAGGUGCCGCAGGACGAGUGGGGCGGCUACCCCGUGGGGGGUAAGGACGAGGAGAUCCCCUGCAGGAGGAUGAGGAGCGGGAGCUACAUCAAGGCCAUGGGCGACGAGGAGAGCGGGGAGUCGGACUCCAGCCCCCGCACUUCGCCCACGGCCGCCGUCCGGCCGGAGCCUCUCCUGGUGUCCAUGGGACCGAGGCCGCUCGGCGAGCUGCAGACCCCGAGCUUCCUGCCGGCGGCCGGCGACGGGCCCGGCGCCCACGGCCUGGACCUCCCCAAGUUCCGCUCGCGGAACCAGAGCUACAUGCGCGCCGUCAGCACCCUGAGCCAGGCCAGCUGCGUGAGCCAGGUGAGCGAGGCCGAGGUCAACGGGCAGCUGGAGUCGGUGUGCGAGUCCGUCUUCAGCGAGGUGGAGUCUCAGGCCGUGGAGGCCCUGGGCCUGCCCGGAUGCUUCCGGACGAGGAGCCACAGCUACCUCCGAGCCAUUCAAGCUGGCUACUCCCAGGAGGACGAGUGUGUCCCCAUGAUGGUGCCCCCCAGCGUCACCUCCACCGUCCGCUCAGCUACAGCUGUCCCGUAUACAAACUACAAGAAGACGCCACCCCCCGUUCCUCCCCGGACCACCUCUAAGCCCCUGAUCUCGGUGACCGCCCAGAGCAGCACCGAGUCCACGCAGGACGCCUACCAGGAUGGCCGUGCCCAGCGGGGCACCCCUUGGGCCCAGGACGGCCGAGGCCUCUACGACUCCACAGAGAGCCUGGACAGCACCAAGGCCCUGAGCCUGGCCCUGGAGACGGCCGCGGCCCAGCGCCUGGAGGGUUCAGCCCGCACCAGCGACAAGGCCAUGCUGGCCGCCAAGGCCGAGGCCUUCCUGCAGAGCCGGCACGCGUCGGUGGGCAUCCAGGACUCUGAGCUCCCAGACCACCAGCCAUACCCAAGGUCAGAUGUGGAGACGGCGACCGACUCGGACACGGAGAGCCGGGGCCUGCGGGAGUACCACUCGGUGGGCGUGCAGGUGGAGGACGAGAAGCGACACGGGCGCUUCAAGCGCUCCAACAGCGUGACGGCCGCCGUGCAGGCUGACCUGGAGCUGGAGGGCUUCCCGGGCCCGGUCCCCACGGAGGACAAGGGGCUGCAGUUCGGCUCCCCCUUCCAGCGGCGCUCGGAGCCCAGCACCCCCACCCAGUACGGGGCGGUGCGGACUGUGCGCACCCAGGGGCUCUUCAGCUACCGUGAGGACUACCGGGCGCCCGUGGACACCACCAGCCUCCCGGCGCCCGAGCCCUGGCUGGAGCCAGCCGUGGAGCCGGUGGACAGUGGCCGCAUGUCCCCCUGCCGCCGGGACGGCGCCUGGUUCCUGCAGCUGCUGCACUCGGAGACCAAGCGGAUGGAAGGCUGGUGCGCCGAGAUGGAGCGGGAGGCGGAGGAGAAGGACCUCUCUGAGGAGACCCUCGGCAAGAUCAGGAGUGCGGUGGGGAGCGCCCAGCUGCUGAUGUCCCAGAAGUUCCAGCAGUUUUACUGGCUCUGCCAGCAGAACAUGGACCCCAGUGCCAUGCCCAGGCCCACCUCCCAGGACCUGGCGGGCUACUGGGACAUGCUGCAGUUGUCCGUGGAGGACGUCAGCAUGAAGUUCGACGAGCUGCAGCGGCUGAAGCUCAACGACUGGAAGGCCGUCGAGUCCCCGGGGAGGAAGGAAGAGCGGAAGAUCCCCCCUCCGAUACCAAAGAAGCCCCUCAAAGGGAGAUUUCCUAUCACGAGAGAGAAGUCUCUGGACCUGCCGGACAGACAGCGCCAGGAGGCCCGGAGACGGCUGAUGGCGGCCAAGAGGGCUGCGUCCUUCCGCCAGAACUCCGCCACCGAGCGUGCGGACAGCAUCGAGAUCUACAUCCCCGAGGCCCAGACCAGGCUCUGAGCUGCUGCCGCCAGCCCCGGAGCCACCCCAUCCUGCCACCGCCCCCUCUGCUGUGUCCCCUGUGCCGCACAUGUGCACGCGCGUGCACAUGCACACACCACACACCUGUGCAAAUACAUCACAUCUGCACAUCACACAAGCACAUGGCACACCCAUGCACGCAUGCCACACUACACCCACACCCACACAACACAUACACACGUGUGCACACCACACACCAUGCACAAGCCACACCUCCACACGCACAGCCUGUGUGCACACGCCACACGAUGCCACUCACACACACAAUGCACUGGCCACAUGUGCACAUACCUGUGCACAUGCGUCAUGCAGGCGUGCACACACCACACGCAUGCACACUCCACACCACGCACACC